AUGCAGCCAGUGUCGCAUGGCAAAUCCGCGCCCUCGCACACUGCCUCGCCUCCCGACGCGGGAGAAGAGGAGAAGCUCUGGUACGGGGGCCUCGGCGGCGCCCUCCUGUUCGGCCUCGAGCAGAACUGGCGGGGCGACGCGGCGAGCAACCGGCAGGUGCUCGCGAGCCUGGCGACGGCACAGCAGCUCGAGCAGUCCGCGCUCGCGGCCGGGCGGGGCGGCUGGCGGCUGCUGUCGCACGUGUACCGGGCGUACUUCGAUGCCACGGUGCAAGCGCGCCUGCGCUUCGAGCAGGCGCGCGAGGCGCGGGCGUAUGAGGCGAUCGCCGUGGCGGCGGCGGACUAG